AUGGAGGUAGCGGCAACAAGCGUGGGCAAGUCGCUUCUGAACUGCCUGCUAGGCCAGGCCAAGUCCGCCAUAGCCGAAGAUGCUGCAACCAAGCAGGCUGUGCAGCGUGAUAUGGUUUUCCUUACGGACGAGAUGCCAGAGAUGCAGACUUUCCUGAGGAACAUAGCUGAACAGAGAAGGGACAGGAUGCUACCCAGGAGCAGGGUGGAGCAACAUGUCCGUGAUCUUGCGUAUGACGUUGAGGACUGCCUCGACGACUACGCUGUUCACCUGAAGAACCCGUCUGGGUGGCGCUUCGCUCAAACGCUGCUUGAGAGGCAACGGAUUGCCCAGGAGAUGAAGGGGCUGAGAGCAAGGGUGGAGGACAUGAGCCAGAGGAACAGGCGCUACCGCUUUGCCGCUCUCCACCCCAACUCUCAGCCUGCAGCUUUCUCUGCUGAGAGGCCCUCCAGUACUGUUGGCCCUGACGGGCAACUGGAUCUUGCUGCUGCCAUAUUUGGCAUCGAUGAGGCAAGGCGUGCAGCAAGGUACAUGAAUCAAAGAGUGGAUCUCCUGCAGCUAAUCAAUAGCGAGGAAGAGGACCUUAAGGUGACUGCAGUAUGGGGAACAAUGGGUGAUAUCGGCCAAACGUCAAUCAUCAGGGCGGCUUAUGACAACCCAUCUGUCCAAAUCAAAUUCCCGCGCCGAGCAUGGGUGAGGGUGAUGCAUCCUUUCAAUCCAAAAGACUUCAUCCAGAGUCUAGUGAAUCAGUUUCAUGCAGCAGCCCAAGGGGUUGAAGGUCUGUUUGCAAAACACAUCACGGAACAAGAUUUAGCUCAGGAAUUUCGAAGACAUGUGAGUGAUCAGAGGUGUCUAAUUGUGCUUAAUGACCUUUCCACCAUUGAAGAGUGGGACCAGAUUAAAAAUUGCUUCCGAAACGUACACCACAAGAAGGGAAGUAGAAUCAUUGUGUCAACAACGCAAGUUGAAGUUGCAAGCUUAUGUGCAGGACAAGAACGCCGGGUCUCAGAGCUAAAGCAACUGUCUGCUGAUCAUUCCCUUUACGCAUUCUAUGACGACAAGCUAGACCGUCUAGCAUGUGUUGUUUUCUGCACACUUUCACCAUUUGAUGUUGUUUUUUCGCCAUUCUUUAAGAGUGCUCAAGACAUAACAUAUUCGGCAGAGUCAGUGUCCAGCUCAGCGCUGCCUACAUCUGAGAUUGACGAGGACCAAUACGAUGCUGCCGCUAUAGAUAUGAUGGUUGUGGAGGAAUCUCAGUUCACUGGGCGAACGAGAGAAAAACUAGAUAUUGCCAGACUAAUUUUAGAAGAUUAUUCUCGUGAUCAUCUUAGGGUGAUCGCAGUGUGGGGAAUCGGUGGUAUUGGAAAAACCACUCUAGUUACAGAUGUUUGGCAAAAUAAAGCGGUUAUUGAGAAGUUUACAAAGCGUGCCUUUGUGACCGUCUUGCGCCCUUUCAAGCUUCAGGGGCUCCUUAGUAGCAUAGCUAUCCAGCUAGAUGUUGACAAAGAAAAUGAUUAUGCAUCGAUGUCUGUUGACCAGUUGACUAAAGCAUUGGAAAGGCUUUCAGUGGAUAGAAAGUGUUUGAUUGUUGUUGACGACAUAUUCCAAACCACAGAAUGGGAUAAAAUGGUAGAAGCAUUCCCUAAAAUUGGACGAGCUACAUGGACCAUAGUGAUCACCACAAGGCAAGAGGACAUCGCUGAGCACUGUUGCAAAGAACUACGGUACAUGUACAAGCUCAACACUAUAGGAGCUACGGAAGCCCACAAUCUCUUCAUAAAAACGGUAUUCAAGCAGACUGUAGAUUUGAACAAGCAAUAUCCUGAGUUGGUUGAACCAGCAAAACUGAUCCUUAAGAAGUGUGAUGGAGUUCCUCUUGCAAUUGUCACCAUAGGUAGUUUCUUGGCAGAGCAAGAAACAAAAAAUGUUGAGGAGUGGAGAAAACUGAAUGAACACAUAACUGCUAGGUUGGAGAUGAAUCCAAAGAUUGGGCUUAUAAGAGCAGUUCUUAUGGAAAUUUAUGAUGGCUUACCCUAUUACCUUGAACCUUGUUUCUUGUACAUGUCCAUCUUUCCAGAAGACUGCAAUAUUACCCGAAGACGUCUGGUGCGCCGCUGGGCUAUAGAGGGUUACUCAACAGAGGCACGGGGCAAAUCUUCGAUGGAAAUAGCAGAUGGCUACUUUGAGGAACUGAUUGCAAGAAGCAUGAUACUACCGACUCAUGAAUCAAUUGUCAGUAGACAAAAGGCUGACUCUUGCAAGCUACAAGAUCUCAUCCGGGACAUGGGCAUUUCAGUGUCGAUGGAAGAAAAUUUUGCUCUCAGAUUGGAAGAAGGUUGCAACUCGAGCACUCACUGCACAGCACGUCACCUUGCCAUAAGCAGCAACUGGGAGGGAGACAAGGGUGAGUUCGAGAGCAUUGUGGAGCUGUCCCGUAUAAGGUCUUUAACAGUGUUCGGUAAGUGGAAGCCAUUUUAUAUUUCUGACAAGAUGAGGUUUCUCCGAGUGUUGGAUUUGGAAGACACAGAAGGUCUAGGUAACCAUUGCCUUGAGAAUGUUGGGAAGCUUCUACAUCUCAGAUACCUUUCUCUAAGAGGGUGCCGUGGUAUUUUUUGUUUGCCUGAUUCAGUGGGUAAACUAAGUCAACUUGAGGUCCUGGACAUCAAAGGGACGAAAAUACAAGUAUUGCCCAAAACCAUUGUCAGGCUUAGGAAGCUACGUCAUCUCCAUGCAGGCGGUGGUUUUAAUCUUCGUGGGGAGCUAAGUUUUUCUGAGAAGUGUAUGGCACUUUUGGAGGUACAGUGUAACGCAUGUUUGGGACAGUUCCGUGAAAUCCAUGGCAGGAGUAGGCGUGAUUGGUGCACUAUAGCUUGCUGCGCAGCAUUAUCUCCUAUUAUGAUGGGCAUGGGAUUUCCAGAUGAUGAUAGUGUUACGGUGCCAAGAGGGAUGAGGAACGUGAAAUCGCUACACACACUACGUUAUGUGAAUCUUGCAUGGGGAAAUGCUAUUGUGGAAGACAUAAAAUGUCUCACGGGACUUCGCAAGCUAGGAUUGGUUGGCCUCAGCAAGGAAAAUAGUUGGAACUUAUGUGUAGCAAUUUCUAAGCUCAGCCUCCUUGAAUCAUUGUCCCUUUGCUCAGAGCUAGAUUUAUCUGACUGUCUGAAUGCCAUCAAACCACCUCCAGAAAACCUCCGGAGCCUGAAGCUACGUUGCAAGAUGACCAAAUUGCCUGAAUGGAUCGGGAGGCUCCAGAAUCUGGUGAAGCUCACGCUAGAUGGAACCGGUCUCUCGAAGGAUGAUGCAACCAUGCAACACAUUGGGAUGCUACAAAACCUGUCGAUUCUGCGUUUGAUGGAGUAUCAUGACAUAACUAUUAGACAAGUCCACUUCAAGAGAGGCCUUUUCAUGAGCGUUGAUGUUCUCGACCUUUAUUACGGCUGGGCCUCGGAAAUCGAGUUAGUCCACUUCGAUGUGGAAACAAUGCCUAAACUUGAGGUGUUGCGUCUUGGCCUUGGAAAGGAUGUUACCUUUUCUGGGCUACACUGUCUCCACAGAAUCAAAGAAGUACAGCUACGUUUUUCGUCGACCUUUCCAGAAUAUUCCAAGGAAGAGUUUUGUCAGGAAAUGAGGGAUCGGCUGGAAGGGAAUCGGAAUCGGCCCGUGUUGAAGGUGGAAUGA